AUGAAAGAUAACGGCUCUUACAAUUCCAUGCAGGACGAUGAUGAGCUGUACGAUGAUCCGGUCCAGCAAGACGAAUCGAUGGCGGCUACGGUCGAUGGCGGGGAUGUCAGUGGCCCCAGUCAUCAGAAGGAAACAGUAAAGAUGAAGAACGAUCUACAAGAUACUGUAACAACACUGGGGUCGAACAUGUUUGCAGAGAUUGCAGAGAUCUCUAAGUACAAAUUCGAGCGCGCGAAGGCUCGGCAAUGGGCGACGAGGGACAUCUGCUUCUUGGUCUAUGAUGACUCAGACGUUAAAAUCAAUGGAUACGACAGCGACGAUGAGGAAGCGCAACAGGAAUACGCACUACAGAUGAGCUUAGGAGACAGUGGUACCGCAGCGUCAGAAGGACAAGACAGGGCCCAACGCUCAGAAUACGCCAACGACUCAUGGAAAGCCAAGUGCCGUCCCAUUCCAAGAAGCUACACCGUUCGAGAUCUCGACGGGCGUGUUCGCGCUAGUCGUGCUCUCGAUGAUGUCUUGGAUCGUGCUGUCGACUUCGCCAAUUCGUAUGGCCUUCGUAUGAUCUGGAUCGACCAGGAGUGCCUCCCUCAACCGACUGAGACCAGUACAAAGGCAGAUUGGGAGAUGCAAGAGCUUGGCAUACAGUCAAUGGACAUUGUGUACAAUAGGGCCAUGUAUACGGCGGGCUUACUCGAUGUCGAGAUCACUUCACAGGAGCAGCUCAAUGCAAUCCAGACUAUACUAAAUGCCGAUCGGGUAAUGACACAAGGAGCUAUGAGUCUUCGGUACUGUGAACAUAUCAUCCGCCUCCUUCAUGAAACCUGUCAAGACAGAUGGUACACCCGGGCGUGGGUCAUUCAAGAGGCUAUCUGUGCAGGACUAAAGCUAGUACUAGCAUUUCGACACAGUCCUGGUUUAACAUUCCCAUCAAAAUUCCGAGAAGGGUAUCAAUGCGAGAGAGAGGAUCGUCCUUACCAUUCGCUCGACGACCAUUCGCGUGGACUUGACUCAACACUUGCGUGUAUCUCGUUGGCCAAAUUCUGGCGAAUCCUCGAUGUCAUGCGCAACCUUCUUCUACGAGACUUCUCUUCCGUUGGGUCAAUGCUUGUGCGCUCUGACUACGCGCCAGCGGAGACAUGGCCAGGCGCUCGAUCGGUGCUCGAAGCAGCGGAAACUCUACAUCCGAGAACGGUGGAGGCAAACACACUUCAACAGGUCAUGAUGACCUAUAGCGAGGGCCAGUACGGCAAGCGGCCUACGAUCAAUGCUGCAGGAGCCCUGACUCUAUUGAAUCAUCGCGAAUGUUAUUUUCAGUCCGACAGACUCGCUAUAAUAGCGAACAUGUGCGACUAUGAUUUCCGACUCGACACAAAAGCUGUUGGCAAUAAUUGUCAUUCCCUACGCCUUGCUAUAUUGGCAUUAGCAUUGAAUAAUGGCGACUUAUCUCUGCUUGCGCCCGAGGCAUAUCCACCACCAAAUGAAGUCUAUUCAGGUGAUGCUUACGCUGGACAUGCAUCAAGCUCGCUCUUGUUUCAGAGCUUUUUCCUGGAGGCUUCGCGGAUCGAGCACUGCCAAGUGCGCGACUUUCUCAACGUCAGGCUUCAAGGAGUCGUGCCUGGCAGCGUUACUCCGGAUGGGCUACUCUUGAAUGCAUAUCUGUGGUCCGUGAAUUACGAAGUCGACUUUACGCUCAUUCAAUCGACAUGGGCUGAUGCCUGGGAAUCGCUAAGAUGCUGGAGAAUGUUCGUAGACCGUCAAAAGAGCGAGACCUGGGACCAAUACAAUGCACGGAAUGGGAUAAUUUUCCAAUGGUUCUCACAGCCAGGCGUAUCCAAACAAGCUUUAGAAGAUUUUCGAAAAUUUGGUCAUGUUCCAGAUGACUCAGCUCUUUGGAAGGGCAUCGAUCAUCGCGGAGUACAAUUAACACGAUACGUCGAUUGUUAUCGUGUGAAGCAAGUCCCAGCAAUGCAGGACCUUAUUGCCCGAAUAAUCUUCGAUAUUCUCAGAUACACCUUGAACGCGUUCGAUGAUAGAGCGUUGGCGAGGGGCCUAGCCACAAGUAUCUGGCAAUCUGUCCGAAUCGACCAAGUCCCAGGCUCAGAGGACCCACUGCCAGAUGAGGUCGGUGAUGCUCUUUUUGACCACGUUGACGUUCUGGAACGUCCAUUCGCCACUUUGCAGCUUGAAGAGACACUCGACAAAACUUUUGCGCAGUUAUGGUUUGUCGAUCGGAUCAUGGAGACGGGGAGGCUGUGGUGUGGAACAUACACACCACCAAAUCCAAAAGACUCCGCCGCCUCGGAAUUCCACCCCAGUCAUGAAUCUACUGCUGAGAUAAAACCGGAAGUAAAAAAGGGGUUUGAAAAAUCGCCCGCCGAUGAGUCAAGGUCGAUCAUAAGUAAACAAAUUGUGCGGCAUAUGUUAUUUACACAGCUCCAGGGCACUCCUUCGAUUAAGAAGCAACCUCUAAACUGGCGGUGGCCAAUGAUUGUGCUUACCGAAGUGGCAGCAAACAGGGACUAUCAUUCCGCCUCUGGGGAAAGGCGACGCAAGGAAACCCUGCUGUCUACCUUCGACGUGGAUGGGCCAUGCCAGGUGGCCACACCAUACAAUCCAGACUGGGAGGUACUUCCGCGUCCAAAACUUCGCAGCAUGAGAGUAUGCUGGGUCGUUGAAGAAAGGAACCGCAGCGACGAGACGACAGUUGCCACUGUUGAAGUAAAGCGAUCACUCUCAGGCACAUCGCUGGCUACACCGCUCUCCUAUCAGCCGGGUGGAUUAGAAGCAAAAGGAAAGAGUAGAGCGACUGACCCUUUGCCAGAGAAGGAAGUCACUGAUAUUGUUGAUAUUCCCGAAGCGACUGAGCGCUUCGGUAAUCAGGGCCUCAGUUUACAAGUGCUUCGGAAGGUGAAGGGGUUGUGGCAGAUUAUGGAUCUUCCUUCCCAGGACUACGUGUUCAGUUAG